AUGAAACUGUUACUGAAACUGCUAUUGACUUGUUUUAAAUUUAAUGUUCAUAACACAGCGAUGGAUACAGUGAUUUGUAAACUAGAACAACGUUUUGCUAAACACGCUGAAAUAUGUUCAGAUUUUACAUGCUUAGAUCCUCGUCAAUUUUCAAAACCAUUGCCCACAACUGCUCUUUUCAAACUUAGUAAAGUUCUUGGAUUAGAAAAUACUUCUAUUUUAAGGGAAGAAUUUCUAGAUUUUACCAAAAAAUGGGAUAAGCUUAAAUUAAAUUUACCUGAAGUAUAUGAAAGUUAUAGAAGUGAUGAGGAAAAUGAACUUCCAGAAUUAGAUUUAGAAUGUUUGCAGAAAAUGAGUUGA